CAAAGGUCCCUUUCUUGAGCUUUGAGAUGCAUGAAGAAACUGCGAAAGAAGAUUUGGUGCCUUCAUCUGACCUCGUGGUGCACAAAGCCGAAAAUCGAAUACUGCCCAUUUUCGAAAAGAGUCUCAACGAGAAAUGGACGGAACCGUUUUACUUCAUCCAAGCGGCUGAUACCCAAUUAGGUUUGAUUGUCAAUUAUGGGGAUGGCACAAUCAACGACCAAUACCCCAAUAUUACAUGGGAAAAGGAGAUCGAGCUCUGUCGACAAUCCGUUGAAAUAAUCAAUAACCUCGAUCCCAAACCCAAAUUCUUCAUCAUUUGCGGGGAUCUCUUGGAUGCUAUGCCAGAUCUCUGGCCGGACAUUCGGAAACGCCAACAGGACGACUUCAUGCGGGUCUAUUCCGAUUUGGACCCAUCCAUCCCAUUGGUUUGUGUCUGCGGCAAUCAUGAUGUGGGUAACACGCCCACCAAGGAAACGAUCGCCAACUAUCAGGCCAGUUUUGGCGAUGAUUACUUCUCGUUUUGGGUGGGUGGAGCUCAUUUCCUAGUCUUAAACUCCCAAUACUUUGAGGACGCUUCCCAAGUACCUGAUCUAGCACUGGCCCAAGAGCGAUGGCUGAACGAGCAAUUACAGAUGUCCAAUGAUCUCGGGAGCCAACACAUUGUUUUGUUCCAACACAUUCCUUGGUUUGUUCAAGAGCCCAAAGAAGAUAAGAUUUACUUCAAUAUCGAGAUCAAUUGCCGCACUCGGAUGUUGAGCAAGUUCAAGAAACAUGGUGUGAGUAAGAUCUUUUGCGGGCAUUACCACCGAAAUGCGGGUGGAUGGGACGAGAAUCUUGAGUUGGUUGUGACCACGGCGAUUGGGUGCCAAAUUGGCAAUGACUUUCAUGGGAUGAGGAUCGUUCGAGUAAUGGAAAACGACAUCCAGCACGAUUUCUAUGGAUUGGAUGAUUUCCCCCAGAAGAUAGACCUGAACCCAACCCAAAAGACCAAAGAGACAUCAUCUAACAAAAGUAACUUAGACCAAAAAUGUCAGCGAUCAAGUCCAAUCAAGACUACCUCUACAGGCCAUCGACGAUCAUCAACAAGGCCGUGAAUCGGCGUUACCCGCCCUUUAAGAAAAACGCCCAGGACUCAUGGACCAACCCGUUCUAUUUCAUCCAAGCUGCCGACACUCAAAUGGGUCUUAUCAUGAACUAUGGCGAUGGGACCAUUGAAGAUCAAUAUCCCAAUGUGACAUGGGACAAAGAGUUGAAACUUUGUCGACAAGCAGUCCAAAUCAUCAACUCACUUCAACCCCAGCCUACGUUCUUUGUUCUUUGUGGAGAUUUACUUGAUGCUCCGCCAGAUCAAUGGCCUGAGGUUCGGAAACGCCAACGCGAGGAUUUUAUUCAAGUCUUUCAAGGGUUGAAACCAUCGAUCCCAAUGAUUAGUUUGUGUGGAAGCGCCGACUUAACGAAUAGUCUAAGUGAAGUGAGUCUGGAUGAAUACAAGUCCACUUUUGGCGAUGAUUAUUUUGCUUUCUGGGUGGGUAAUGUCCAUUUUAUCGCUCUUAAUGCGCAACUUUUCGAGGAUGUACCCGAAAUGUCUGAUAUGGCAUUAGCCCGCGCUCAUUCGCCUAAAACUAAUCUUAUCAAUAACUAAUCAAAGGCUCUUUUAGUGAAGUGGUGUCAAAUAAGAGUCAAUCCGGAUCCACAAUAUGAUUUCUUAUUCACAUGUACGUGAAUUACGUUUGAAAUAAAAAGGACAAAUAAAAAAAGCGAGGCUGAAUGAAAAUAGCAUUUCUAGUUUACACAAGGGGAUAAGAGGCUGAUGAGGCGAUUCCACAUUGGUUAUUCUUAUUCCUGGCCAUCUUGAUGAAACCAGCAUCUCCCCAUUUGGUACUCCACGAGUUCUUCACCAACCAAUAGUCGGAUCCAUUGUCGGAUCCAUA